GUGCAUGCUUAUAUAAAAUUCGUAAUAAUAGUGUUAGACUAAGACAUUUCCUUAGCGCAGAUAAUGCGGAUGAAAUAGAAGCUAUACUCUCAAAUUAUGAGGGUUGUUCCUUACACGAAAUCAUUGAUGGGAAUGAGCUACUCCAGCUCAUUAUAGAUUUUGAUUUGCCAGUAAAAACAUUAGUUGCUAUUACCCCAAGUUUUCAGACAAACAA